AUCAUAAAGAGGAAUUUCAUUUUUAUUACGCACUUCUUCAUUCUACUUCUCUAUUCUAACAAAUGAAGGAAAGUUCAUUAGAAUGAUCACCUCACUGUGCUGCUAUCAGUAUCACAUCGAAGCUCUCGACCCAGUUCGUAGAAUUUGCCUGCCAUCAUUUGCCUCAUUUUUCUGCAUGCUCACAUCCUGAACCCGUCGUGAGCAAGUCGCGAGCCAGACUCGAAAGACACAACGCUUUUCAAAUAUUGCUUCAUUUCCAUCCCCCAAACACCCGCCGUGGUCCCACAAGUUGUAUGUUUUCACACAUGUACCUGUUAUCGAUGACAAGCGCCAUUCGUAUCAGUGUGCUACGAUCUACACCUGCAUCUUGGUUCGGUUAUCGCGGAGCAUAGAAUCAGCUGUUGAUAGGGCAGCGCGAUAAGCGUACUUAAGAAAUUGGAGCAAUUAUGGAGUGUUGGUUAAGGCAGGUGGGGGAAAAGUAAAUAAUCACGAUGAGGUACGGAAUGGGUUUGAAAACAAAAGCCAAUCAAGCACAUCAGCCAAAGCAUAUCUAAAAAGGGAUUAAUGAGAGUUUGUGUUUUGUUUAAGCCUAUUGCGCUUUCGUAUGUGUUCCGUUCGACAAUCUCCAGUGUGAGCUCUUUGAAUUUCCAUCCAUGCUCUCAGACACUUCAGUAUGCAUAUCUUUAGAAAGAUCAUAUCGCUCUCGACCUAGAUAAGAUCAAGCCAUUCACGAUAGGCGUGAACCAGUCAAUGUUUGUCACGUCACUCAAUAAAUACUGAGGACCUCAAUACUCCUGGGUUUGGUUCACUGUUCAUCCAAUUCCAGUAAUCGAUUCCGGUUAGUAGAUUAAGCAAAGCUGUCCACGGACAACACGCAGUCUGUGUGUUCUGCAGACAUUCGUUAUCUAAUCGUACGUGAUUCAAUCAAACGCAAUAUCGCAAUGACAAGAGUUUCGCGUGCGUUCAAAGUCGUGAAAUCAUUAAGCCGCACAUCCAUUACACACUGGGGGUUGGAAAUUUUGGCUUUUACUCGCGCGUCAUAGCCGUCCCGUUUUAUUUUUUAUGGGAUGAGAUUAACUGCCUUCAACUCGAUAGCGGGAAAAAAGGUAUAAAUUGUACCGCCACUGGUUAGUCGCCUUCAUCUCUGUACGGGUCACUGUUGCAGGAUUAGCUAAAAAUGAAGUACUGUGCUGCCGUGGUUGUGCUCCUAGCGCUGGCCGUGUUUGGCCAGAGCGCCUUCGCCGAACAGGUGUCCUACCGAGACUACAAAGUCUACAGCAUCCGCGUGGACACGGUGGAGAAGCACAACGUGCUGAAGCGCUGGCAGGAUGUGCGCGGGGUCGAUUUCUGGGACCGUGCCGGCUACCGUGUGAUGAUCCAUCCGAGCCUGCAGGAAGCGUUCGAGCGGUUCCUGAACCUGAACGCGUUCAGCUACGAGCGCAUCAUUGAGGAUGUGGAAGCCACGAUCGAGGCAGAGCGUAAGUACGAUCAGGAGUACCGCCGUCGCAAGGCCGCAUCCGGUCGGGCAACGGUCGAUUUCGAGCACUUCUGGACGAAUGCGGAGGUUAAUGCGUACCUGGACGAGCUUGCCCAGACGUAUCCGAAUCUGGUGCGCGUCGCCACGAUUGGCACCACUCACGAGGGCCGUCCGAUCAAGUCGAUCACGAUCUCGACCAACAAUGGUGUGGCUGGAUCGAAGCCGGUUGUCUUCAUCGACGGUGGUAUCCAUGCACGUGAAUGGGCCGGUGUAAUGUCGGUGCUCUACUUGAUCCACGAGCUGGUCGAACAUUCGAGCAGCUACGCCGACAUGCUGAACAAGGACUGGGUGAUCAUUCCCGUCGCCAACCCGGAUGGGUACGAGUUCUCGCACACCGACAACCGCAUGUGGCGCAAGAACCGCUUCCCGGCCACGAUCCUCUGUACCGGUAUCGAUCUGAACCGCAACUGGGACUAUCUGUGGGUGUUUACCAGCAAUGCCUGCUCCGACUCGUACGCCGGAGCGACCGCCUUCUCCGAGCCGGAAACGCAAGCCCUCGAUCGGGUGCUGAAGCAGUACGGAUCGAACAUUGCUGUCUAUCUGGCGGUGCACACGUACGGCGAUAUGAUCCUGUACCCGUACGGACACUCGUGGCCGUUCGUGCCGGUCGCUAACCAGGCCGCCCACAUUGCGCUGGGUGAGCAGGCGCGCGAUGCGAUCACGGCCGUCGGUGGCCCCCGGUACGUGGUGGGCAACAGUGCGGAAAUUCUGUACACGGCCAACGGUUGCAGCGAUGAUUAUGUGGCCGGUGUGAUCGGCGCGCGGUACGCGUACACGCUCGAGCUGACGGGCGGUGGCCGCAAUGGGUUCGAUCUGCCUGCCACGGAAAUUAUGGCUGUGGCGACCCAAACCUUCCAGAUCUAUCGCACCAUGGCGAACAAUGCGUAAGCGUUGGGGACAAUUUUAAUACAAUUAAAGGUUUUUUUUUACAAAAAAAAACUGUAACUGCA